CAUCAAAAUAAUAGCAAAUUAGAGAGAGGUGCAGGGAAAAAGGGCAGAAAACAUAGCAAAAGCGCAAAGGAAAAGCGAAGGCAAGAGAAGAGCCUGCCCGCCCGGAUUAUCGUUACUCUACCUCCCUCCCAACCCUAACAACAACAAAAUCAAAAGAAACAGAGGAGGAGGAAGAGGAGGAAGAAGAAGAUUUCACCAAAAUUGUUGUAUUUUUCCUAUAAUCUUCUCAACCUUUUUCUCUCAUUCAUUCAUCGAUCAAUCUCAUUGGUCAUUAUUUUAUCCCAAAAAGUCCUGGUUAUGGAUCUUCUUUCAACUGCUUCAAUAUCGGCCUAGUUUUUUUCCCAAAAGGAAGGAAGGAAGGAAGAAGACUCCACUCAGCCUUUUGCCAAUUUUUUCUUUGUCAAUGUGAGUUCUUUCUGCUCAUAAUAUAAAAUUAGAUCCGUUUUGGAUUUAGCGGUUUUUGCUCAUCGGAUUAUGUUCAUGAUAUGAAGCGGUUUUUUAUAUCUGUCAUUAACAAAAAUUAAUCAGCAGAGAGAAAGAAAGAAAGAGUUGAUUAUUAUGUUGUGUUGCGGAGGUGCAGAGGAGGAACCUUAUCCCCCUGCUAAUCAAUACACUGCCCCUCCCAAAGGCAGCCCUUAUGGCGCACCUGAACCAAAGGCUAACCCACCAAGAGGAGUUCCACAGAAGGUGUUGCCAAUCGAAACCCCAAGCAUACCAUUGGAAGAGCUUAACAGAUUAACCGACAACUUCGGCCCCAAGUCGCUGAUCGGAGAAGGAUCCUAUGGUCGUGUUUUCUAUGCAACUUUAAGCGACGGUGUGCCGGCGGCAAUAAAAAAGCUUGACACCAGCACUUCCCAAGAACCCGACACCGAUUUUUCAGCACAGUUAUCAGUGGUUUCGAGAUUGAAAAAUGACCAUUUUGUGGAGCUAAUGGGGUAUUGCUUAGAGGCAAACAACCGAAUCUUGGUCUACCAAUAUGCCUCGAUGGGCUCAUUGCACGAUGUGCUACACGGGAGGAAAGGGGUACAAGGGGCAGAGCCAGGGCCAGUUCUGAACUGGAACCAGAGGGUGAAGAUAGCAUUUGGAGCGGCAAAAGGUUUGGACUAUCUGCACGAGAAAUGCCAGCCUCCAAUAGUUCAUAGGGAUGUGAGGUCCAGCAAUGUGCUGCUCUUUGAUGAUUUCACCUCCAAGAUAGCAGAUUUCAACAUCUCCAGUGCUUCCUCUGAUACCGCAGCUCGCCUGCAUUCGACUCGAGUCUUGGGAACCUUCGGCUACCAUGCUCCAGAGUAUGCCAUGACAGGGCAAAUCACUCAGAAGAGUGAUGUUUACAGUUUUGGUGUGGUUUUGUUAGAGCUUCUCACGGGUAGAAAGCCUGUAGACCAUACAAUGCCUAAAGGCCAACAGAGUCUUGUUACAUGGGCUACACCCAGAUUGAGCGAAGACAAAGUGAAGCAAUGUGUGGAUCCCAAGCUAAACAAUGAGUAUCCACCAAAGGCAGUUGCCAAGCUAGCAGCAGUUGCAGCGCUUUGUGUCCAGUACGAGGCAGAUUUCAGGCCAAACAUGACAAUUGUUGUCAAGGCGCUUCAACCAUUGCUCAACUCCAAACCAGCUGGUCCGGACCCUACUGCUGCUGCAUAAUAUUGGAGAUGAUGAUCAAAUAUGAUGAUUCUAUUACUAACCUCGAUAAUGAAUUCUGAUUUGAUAGAGAGUGAGAGAGUAACACAGAGAGGAGGGGAGAGAUUUGAGGCAGAGUGAGUUGGACUAAACUAGACAAUUGUAUGUAAUUGGUGAAAAAAGCUUUAUUGUCUUCUAGGGGGUGUGAGAUUAUGUAAUCUGAAUGCACAUAAAUUUUUCUUUAUUGUUUGCCACUUGUGGUGGUCUUUUUCUACCCAACCACAACAUUUAUAAUAGUUUGACCUUUUUUUUCUAUUGUAAACUGCAAUGAAUCAUUAGAUUUUAUACUUUGUCUGGUUUCACCGAUGAAUUUGUGACUCAAAUCGCGCAGUCAUAAAGUGUUCGGCCUGAUUUAUGUUUGUUUAUUCAAAAUGAGUGGUGCCAGGUUCGUUGGAUCCGAGAAUUUGAAUUCUUUCUUUAUUUUCUGUUCCAAAUUUAUGAUCUUGUGAGUUUAGAAAAUCCAAUUAAAUAGGCGUUAUUUGGAUUUUUUUAUUGAAAAAUUUGAUGUUUAAUGACUACUUCAGCUCCAAUUUGUUCCAUUAUUCCAACUUUUAAAGGCUAUAAAGUAGGUUUCUUUUUUAAAAUCAUAAAUUUAAUUCGAAAAAAUCAUCAUUAAAUCUGAAAAAAACAAAACCAAUCAAUAUUUUAAUAUAGGUAUUUAUUUUUAAAAUUAAAUAAACAAAUUCAGCCAAAAAACUUAUAUAAGAACCAAAUCUAACAAUAAAAUAACCCUUAUAUAAUCCAUGAAAAUCAUCGUCACCUGAGAGAUUCGAACUCUCGCGGGGAAACCCCAUGUACUUAGUAGGCACACGCCUUAACCACUCGGCCAAAGCGACUUAUUCACAAAUAUUUUUCACUUACUUUAUUUCAACGUCAUCUAUGAUGUAUGUUCUUAUUCCCCAUCGAGUAAUCCAUCGUUUCAAUGGGGAUACUUUACAAAUACGAAUCCUAUAAUAGGCAUGAAACCAAGAGUGUAAGCGAUGGUAAUUCGUAUCCUUUACAUAUACAUGAAUCGUACGAUAAUGGACAUGCAAGAGACAUCAAAAGGAAACCAUACUGUUACAAUGAUACUUAUAUAAUUUUUUUUUAUGAAUUAGUAGGAUAUUUAUUAUGAUAAAAAGAACAAGUAGUAUUUGGCAACACAACUGCCAACAUUAGUUGGUUCACAAUCACCCAAGAUCACUGCUAUCUACAAAUUUGUAUUCAAACAUACUGUAAAACAAAAUACUACCAAAUUAACCUAUAUCAAAGAGCAAUCACAUAGCACAAGCUUAGGUGGUCUAGGUCCCCUCCACUCCAUCACCAUCCUUAACACCUUCUACCUCAUUUUUAAUUUGGCCAAGGAGAACAUAAUUAGUCUUCCUUACCCUUGAAAACUUGAGUUUACAUCUUUCUCUGCAAACUAGCUUGAUUUUAGUUACUAUGGUAUUCACCUUAAACUUUCUAAAUGCCCCGUGCAAUUCCACAUAUCCCAAUCAUCACUAGGAGUUAUUGCAAGUUGCAAAACAAGUCGCAUUAAACAAGUCGCAUGUAUCAUUAGUCGUGUUGAAUUUUUCUGUAAAGCAUCGACGAAACUUAUUAGAAAGGACAAAUCUAAGGUAUUUUUCUCUAAAACUGCUUAUGCCAAUGAUAAAAGAAAUGUUAGUAAGGAGAUUGGCAUCCCAACAACAACUAAUCCGAACAAUCUUCACGUGCCAAGGCUUAAUCCGGAUUUCGUAAUAACAACAUUCUACGUCU